UUCGUUUGACCCCUUCCAUCUCCUGUUUGCUUGUCGCCAUGGACGUGUCCGGGGACUGUCGCCUGUGCCUGUGCGCGGACCGCGACGAUGCCCCGGGCAACGCGGGGCAGUUGUGCCUCCCCUGCGACUGCCGCAGCCCCGUGCACCUGGGCUGCGUCUCCGAGUGGCAGCAGGCGCGCUGGUGGCAGCUGCUGGAGCAUGGCUUUGACUUCGACGAAGCCUACGCGCGGAUCAACACCUGCGAGGUCUGCGGGGCUCGCUGGAUGCCGCGGGGCCGCGUUCCGCCCCCCAAGUCCCACGCCACCUGCCGCGCCUUCGGCGGCAGCGGCAAGGUGGCGCUGAGGCGCCUCGAGGGGUGGGCGUCUACACCCUCUCCCCAGAACAGAUAG